CGAUGGAAACUCAUCAGUGGCCCUGACAGAUGAGGCUGCCCGGGACCCUGUUGCCCCAUGACGUUUCAGAUGACGUCUCGGCGAGUGUUUGGCCCCAGGCGCCGCAUAUCAGUCGUACCGGAGUAGCUGCAGGCGCCAGGGAGCUGCCGCCACACGCCGACACCCAACCAUCUCAGCCACUACUAUAUCGACUAUAUCGAGAGCAGUGGGAGCUACGAGACCAUGACACGUCUUGUAGGCGGUGCGCUGCUCGGCUGGCUGCUGCUCACCUGGCCGGCAGCAGCGCGCGCGGAGACCACCGUCACCCAGCAGUCCUCCUCAGCCUGGGGCAGCGUAGAAAACGGCCGGCCCGUGGACCGCGGCACGCACACCUCACACACCACAGACGUGCUGCCCGACGGCGACGACGGCGGCCUGGGCGUGCGCUUCGGCUUCGGCACGCCGCGGCAGCCGGCCCGGCCGACGGCGCAGAGACCGGCGCAGGGGCCGGCGCAGGGGCCGUCUCAGGGACCGACGCAGGGGCCGGAGCCGGGUCUGGGGGCUGGCGGCCAGGCCCCUGCCCAGUCCGACCCCUUCCAACCCGGAGUGGCCGAUCCCUCACAACAGCCAGCACUCGGCAGCCACGGCGGCACACAGCAGCCCCCGGUUUCGGGCGUGCCGAACGCAGUUGAGGAGGCCUACCGCAGCAUCCUCGCUCAGUAUCCCAACUUCCACAUCAACAUAGGCGGACGGUACCCGUGGGCGCCCUUUGGACAGCAGCCCGGCUCGCAGGGAGGCUUCUACACACCAUGGAACACCGCUCAGGGCACGCAGACGGACCUGGGUGUCCGAGGCGGCUUUGGCAGUAGCUCGCAGGACCCGGCUCAACAGGUGCCGGGGGUCGGUGGUGCUGCUGGAUUCCCGGCAGGAACCGCCGGGUCGGGGGCGCCUUCACAGGGCGCCCAGCCUGUCCCGGGAGCCACCGGCCCCGCUGUUCCGGGUGCAGGUACACCAGGUCUGACAAACCCUGUCCCUGUAUCUCCCGGUGUGGCGAAUCCUGCCUUUGGCUCCUUCGGUCACACCAAUCCUGGUUUAACCGGAGCCGGCGGCGCGGGCGGCUCGUUCCAGGCCGUCAAUCGGCCCAGCUAUCCCUUCAUCCAGAUGCCUGACAUCAACUCGUAUGUGAAUCAGCUGACGCAGCGCGCUCUGCAGAACAUCGCCCGCGGUAUGUCGCCCAGCCUGACGCCCGGGGUGGGACAGGGCCAGGCCGGCGUGAACCCGUCUCCCGGCGCGUCUGGGGUCCAGGUGCGCCAUGAUUUCAGCAGCGUGAGCUCCCGGCCCGGCCAGCCCGGCUUUCAGUCCCAGCAGGCCUCCGUCAACUCAGCCUCCUUCCAGCCCUCCCAGUUCUCCCCCCAGGCUCGCCCCUCUCCGCUGCCCAGCUUCCCCCCAUUCGGCGGUCAGAGACUGCCGCAACAGGGGGCCACUGACGCCGCCUGGCCCUGAGCUCAGCUGAGGUCGGAAUAGACGGCACUGGCAGAGGUAGUUGGGCGGUGACCGAGCGACCUGCCUGCCAUCUGGUGGCCGCCGCAGGAAGCUGAGCAGAGAUGGCAGCAGCGGCAGCGGUGGCCGAGAGACUGACGAAAUAAUCCCUGAAGAGGGCGCUGCUGGUAACAGGCCAGUGUUUCUAUACCACCUGCCAGACGUUAUUAGGCUGGGGUCGGGUAAAACGGGAACGUUUGUUGUGUUGUGUGUUGGAACUGUUGUUUAUUUGUUCAGAAAAAAAUACAAUGAAAUAAAUGCAAAAUAAA